CCUAGCCCCAAGCUAGUACCAUUUUGGCCAGAUAAUGCUGAAACGUGGUUUCAGAUUGCUGAGUCUGAUUUUUGUGAACAUGGCAUAACUGAUCAACGUUCACAGUUCCUUGCAGUUAUUCACGCCCUACCGCGGGAAUUCAGCAGGUGCGUAACUCUGCAGAUGUCGGUGCAACGGGCACUGGACAGGAAACAAACGAAGCACGGGAUCCAACGAACAACACUGAGGAAGCUAUGUACAGACACCCUAUUAGCAUAGGCAGACAGACCAGCAGGCUCUCCAUCAAGCCGCUUGGAAGAUUUUUUUCACCCAUCAGGGAACCAUCGAGAUUUUUUUACUUCCGGCUGGUCAUGUCUUAGGGU